GGUCCGCCAAUCAAAAUGCGCAUUUAUGUAACAGGAAGAGAUGUUACGAAAACAAGCGCUCCUAACAGCACCCACCUUGUUCGCCUAGACAUCGGUUACCAAACACUCGAGUUGACUGCGGCUGGAAAGCUGAGUUUGCUUCUGUCUUAUCCUUGGAAAAGGAGGUUUGGAUCAUCAGUCAUGCUGAAAGCUGUGGGACAAGUGUUGUUCUCAACUGGUCUGCAGAAUCCGAAAUUCACUGCAGAGGAGAAAAAGGGACAGGACUAUGAAAUCCGCACCUACCAGCCCACUAAGUGGGUGAGCACCUCUGUGAGCGGGAUGCAGCUGGAAGCAGCCUUGUCUACUGGCUUCCGUAGACUCUUCAACUACAUCCAAGGCAACAAUAAAAACAAGGCCAAAGUGGAGAUGACGGCCCCCGUGACGUGCCACGUGAAACCCGGGGCCGGCCCUGCGUGUGAAUCUCAGUUCACCGUAUCCUUCUACAUCCCAGAGGAGCAUCAGGCCACUCCACCCGAGCCCAACGAGCCCGAGGUGUUUAUAGAGCACAGGAAGGAGUUGACGGUGUAUGUCAGGACAUACGGUGGUUUCUCCAAUGAUAACAUGAAGCGUGAAGAGCUGCUGAAGCUUAUGGAAAGUCUGAAGAGGGAUGGAGUCCAAUACAUCGAGAAACCGUACUACGUAGCCGGGUACGACAGCCCUUUCAAACUGACCAACCGCAGGAAUGAGGUUUGGAUCCUCAAGAACGAAGACGAGCAGUAGAGCGUUCCUGGGUCACUCUAUCCUAUCAAAAUGUUAGUGAAGGGAAUUUAAAUGUGAUGAUUUGAUACAUUUCUGUUUGACCAGAAACAAAAGUUAGAUUUGUUACUUACACUAAAAGUUACUGAUUACUCACUGAAAAACUUGAUAAGGAGACUAAUUACACGACAACUAGAGGUCCUAUCAGCCAUAUGAAGCAAUAUAACCAGCAGGUGGAGCCAAGUAGUCAAGAAAAUGUUUCUUAUGUUAACAGAAAACCCCACAAGUACGUCUUAAUUAAAAAAUAUAUAUAUAUUUUUAAUGAAUAUUUUCAAAAUACACUAAUUUUAGGCUUUUGAUUGUGCAUGUUGCUAACCUCCUUUUUCACAGCAGAUGUUUUAGCCUGACAGGGCAGGGACAGCACCCAUGUGACUGAUAACAUUCACAGUGUGAGCCGGGUCCAGGGGGGGCGGUGUAGGCUGGCUCACUGUGGGAGCACACUGUGUACCUUUCCUGUGUGCGACGGACACGAAGCUUCUUGCUUUUCAUUUACACUCCCACACUAGCAGGUGAGAGCAGCCACGUGUCACUCAGGCGACGCUGCUUAGAUUUGCCGUGUCAUCAGAUGUUUCCAUCAACAAAGAUCUGUUUAAGUCAUGCUGACACCAUAAAUAUAUCUAUUUUAGGAUCACUGGCUGCACUCAGAAUAUGUGAGACUUGCAAAAGUAAACCAGAAUAUAUAUAUAUAUAGUCUUUCCUGCAGGUCUUAUUGGAAAACUUAGUGAAAACAGUUAACCCAUAAUCAUGAAACACAAUUUCAAACAAACAGUUUCAGCUGCUUUUUCCUGCAACGUCAAGUCGGAGCCUUUGCUGUGAAAAAUGUUCAAAUAACAUGGCAACUAACUGCUACUUGUUUACACUCGCAUAUUGAUGUGACAGGACUGUGUGUAGGAAACAAAGAAAGCAAAGGAAAUGUUCGUAGUUGGGUUUUUAAGUCAGUCCUAAAAUAAUACUAGUGCCUUUAUGGACAUUAAAACACAGAUAAAUCCAGUCAUCGCUGUGUGUAAAAGUGCAGUCUGACGGCUAUUAGAUGCAACUGUGAGGCUUUGUCAGUUAGAGUUACGUGAAUCAGCAGUCAAAAUGGGGGGGGAAAUAGUUUUUUGCAGUUUAGUGAGGACUCGCAGUCCAUAAAAAAAAAAAAAUAAAAAUAAAUCUACACAAAAAUUAUCAGUGCAUCUAAAAGUGCAGAAGCCUCAUAUUUGUUUUCACUGAACUUUGGAGUAUAAUAUUUGCACACGCCACGAGUUCAGCCUGUGAAAAUGUGUCUCCUGGUACUUGGAUUUGAGUCGCAUUAAGAAAGGGAUCGCAUCAAAUCCAUUAUGACCAGAGGGAUCAAGUGCAAGGGAUUAAGCAUUAAACAUAUUUUGACUUUGUAGAUCAGCUGCACAGUUUAGCAGAAGGUUUGUGUUGUCAGUCAGCUCUGGGAAGGUGACUCUGCCUGGCAAGCGGCCGAGCGUCGGUAAAUCUCAGUUUAUCUGCUCUCAGGCCUCACUUACUGCCACUGCGACCGCAUAUGCAUCCAUUGUGAUGAAUGGCUGGGCCCGUCGCAACACGUCUCAUAAGCUGUCAUUUUUGUUAAUGAAUAUAAAUGUGUGUUUAACCAGCUUUGUGCUCAAUUGCUCAGACUGACCAUUUUUAGUUUAAUAUUGACAGAGAGCUAAUAAAAAUGUGCCUUUUUUCUUUUAUAUCUUCAUAUAAUCAUUAAGUGUGUGUGUGUGUGUGUUUAUUACUCAUAGUAGUGCUCGGAUGAAGAAUGAUGGCACGAGCAAUGCACUGAUAAGAAUAUUGGGAAAUUUGAAAGUUUACAUAAUGUAAAUUGUCUUAUCUAAUCAAUAACUCGUGAUUAAACCAUUAUUCGGAUCAUAAAUGUGCGUUUAAGUAUUUGUCAUUUGUAUUUCCUGCUGGGCUUUUUCAGUCACAGAUUACAGUUUCACGUGUUCAGUAACAGAUAAAAUCUGGAUCGUCCUCGGCUCGUAUCGAUCGUUUGUCAGCCGCGGCUCACUUCGCCCUUUCUCACCUCACCUCACGUCUCCUCUCGCGCCCUCGUCGCUCUCAGCCCGAUGUCUGCUGAGUCACUCAUUUUAUUUGUGGCAGAAUUGUUCCCAAUAUCAUGUUCACACACUCAGCAGAAAUUAUGUAUUUUUUUUUAUCCUCUGUUCAUGCAUACACACACGCAUAUUGAUCUCGUUGGCCGUGCUCAGCAAAGCGAAACGUGCUGUGGAGGGGAUCGGUUUAAUGAGGCUCACUGUUUUAAUCUAAACACCACAGUUUUGUAUUUUAAUUUUAUCUCCUCCCCUCCAGCCUGGCGGAGACUAGAGCUGAUGAUGUGAAAGUACUUUCAUUUUCUGGUGAGAUUAACUGGAGAAAUUUACUGUUCAGUUUGGAUGCAACAGAAACUGUGUGGAUGUAGUAUUCAUAUCUCAUAAUGCACAUGUAAGAACUCUUUGUCUUUGAGAUUAAUAUAACUCCUGCCAUUCAUUAACUAUAGUACUUUGGCUCAGCUGACUGGUGAAUGAAUGCUAGAGUUUAACACAGUUCAGACAGAAACCUCUAAACACCAGUAUUGGAAAGGUUUGGGAGUCUACAUAGCUGCUGUAAGCGGGUCCCCAAAAACUGUUUUCUUCUGUGGUUUAAACUAAGUAUUUAGCUUGAUUAAAACACUUUCUUCUACUAUUAUGCUUUUUUUUAAUAGCAUUCUUGUGUUGGAAUCUUUAAAUACUUUCACAUUGUAAAAUUUUAUGCCCUCCAAAUCAGUCCAUCCACCUUUCUUUCACUUAUCCAGAUUUGAGAAGGUGCUGGAGUCUAUCCCAGCUGUCAUAUGACGAAAGGUGGGGGUACACACAUAGGUCUAACACAUUCAGUCACACCUAUGGUCAGUUUAGACUAACCAAAUUACCCAACAUGCACGUCUUUGGAUUGUGAUGAAGCCAGAGUAACCGGAGAGAACGCGCUCCAACAACUCCACACAGAAACGUCCCAACCUGGAUUUGAAUCCAUGUGAAAAUUAUUAGCAUGAAAACGGUGGUUAGCACUAUUGCCUCACAGCAAGAAGGUCCUGGUUUGAUUCCCCCAUCUGACCGGAGUCUUUCUGUGUGGAAUCAAGUGCAAAAAAGCUAGAUGUUUAAUAAGUGAAGCAGCACUCUGUUCUCCAGCCUAAACACAUGUGGUUACUAUUCCUGGCCUCCCUGCGAUCAGCCCUGCUUUAUUUGCCAUGACUUAUAAACACUCUCCAUUGAGUGGUCUUGAAUGUAAGAAGACGGGGGGGAAGCGGUGAAGUGUCAAUAGUGUGAUUAUAGCUGCGGGGAGUUCAUAUUGAUUCCUGUCUCGCAGCCAGAUGGACGCUGCGUCAGAGGGCAGGUGGCUGCUGAAUCAGAGGUGACGGGGCUUCAUUUAAAAUACUAAGACACUGUCUGCGUUUCUGUUCCCCUGAGAAGACUGACGGGCCAGUGGCGCAAUGGUAUUUAUAGGUGUCUCUCUGCAGGACGUUGAUGCAGGAAUAUUGAGAAGUUGCAGCGUCCUGUCUGGAUGGCUCAGCGCUAACUGGGAGUCACGCGAGAGGCUCUAACACAGUGUGUCCUAAUAGGAUGUCCAGAAGGAAUAUAAGUGAUGACCCCUGCAGAAGGAGCAGGGUGAAUAAUGGGAGUUUUCCAGAUGACGGACGAGUGUGGGUGCCAUGGCGACGGUGCUAAUGAGGCUGUGAUUUGGGGUGUUGAGCAGGCAGAUGGCCGUGAAUCUCUCUCACACACACACACACACACACACACACACACACACACACACACACACACAGAAAUGACACAGAGAUGCGUUCUUUAAAUAUCACCUUGUUUUUAUUACACAGACAUACACGAGAGCGUUAGCAGCCUGCCUUCAGCUCCACUCCCACUACUUCUUCUGUCCUCUCUGUCUUUUCACAAGCACAGAUGCUUUCAGGAGCGCUCAAUCACAGCCUGGUGGGCUCUGGGAGACACAUUAUUUGGUCACAGGUGAUUAACACACAGGCUGUUAGGAGGUUAUGAAGUCUCACGACUGUCACCAAGUUUAUUCGGCGGUGAGCACCAGUGUGGCAUGACUUCAGAUUAAAGGCUGGUUAAAAUUGAUAUUAUCUUUUUGAUGCGUCUUUAACAGAAUAACGGUUCGCUGGGGGUCAGCCAGCUAAAUGUGGCUUUUUGAUUUCUCUGGUUAACCCCUAACCUCUCUUUCCUGUGCCUCAACCACCCGUCAGCUGACUCUGACCAGUUAAACCAUACCGACGCCCUCCUAUGUGAAAAUAAAUAAUCUACGAAAAAGGAAACCACUCCCUUUCAGCAAACAGAGGGUUCUAAAAAAAAUGUACAAAGUCUUUGAAAAUAGGUCAAGUGUGACUUAAAACUCAAUUCUCUAUUUAUUUACAUAUAGAACCAUAUAAAACUGCAAAAGGAUAAACAGAAAGGUCAACAGCAUUAUAGAAAUUAUAUAGAAAUCUGCCCCCACAGGGUCUGGUGGAUCUUCUCGGAGCGUAUGCACGGGGGUGUCAGACUAUCGGAUUGCUGUCACGUCCAACUCCGUUUCAUUUUUCAAGCUCUUUGGUAACCCACACGAUCACUAAAAGAUAAUAAAAUAUUCUUUUACUCUAAUGUUAUCAUUUCUUACUUAACUUCCAAACACAUGACAUGACAUGAUGUAAUUGGUUUAUUAAAACAUUUUCUUUUUUUAAUUCACCAAGGGAAAAAAAAAACUGUGCACAGUGCAAAUUCUACAAACUAACUUUUAUGAGCCUUUUCAGAGAGUAAUUUUGAUGUUUUGGUUGAACCUUCGUAUCCCCCAACUAUUUUUCCACACUGUUCCCUGUCACUAGAUGGCAGCACUGAGCCCUCUGCACUUCCUAUGGACCCCUGAACACACCAGCUCUGCAAACUAAAACCACCGAUCAAAGAGUGG